AUGUUAGAAUUCAGGAAAUUGCAUGGCUAUUUCAUCCAGAACAUCAGCUCAGAGACUAACAGUGUGCUGGAAAGAAGCAUUUUCCAUGCAGAGUGUCUGAUUCAUACAAGCUCACUACCUUUGCUCGCCAUGGAAGUAUUCCAGCAUCAGCUACUCUGUCUUGUUGGGGGUCUGAUCUGUUUCUGUACUCUGGUAAAGUGCAUCAGAUUUAUGAAAGACCUUUUCCCAUACAUCUGGAGUUCUUUACAUUAGGAUUUCUUUCAGUCAGUGGGAGAAGGGGCAGUGAAGCAAAAUCCCGAGAAAGGUUCAGAUUAUGAGAGUGCAAACAUCAAAACAGUUAGAGAGCUGGCCACAGAUCAAAACGUGAAGGUUACACAGGCUGAUUUCACUAAAAAUUCGGUGUAGGAGAACACUGAAAAAGGUGUGAAAGACUUGGGUAUGUUGUAUCUGGUUAACAAUGCUGGAAUGCUUCAUAAUCCUCUUCCAUGCCCUUUCCUUAAUAAGAAGAUUUGCUUCAGGAUUAAAGAAAAAUUUCAAGACAGUCAGAAAGGUCUGAUUCUGAAUCUGUCCUCUGGUUCGGGUACUUUCCCUUGUCCAUUAUAUACAAUGUACUCAGCCAUAAGAGUUAUUCUUGUACUUCCACAACACCUACAAGCAGAGUGGAAGGCAAAGGUAAUUAUUAUACAGAUAGUGAUUCCUUAUGGUGUUUCUGCUGCAGUGACAAUGUACCAAAACCCUGGUGUUAUUACAAAGACAGCAGAAGAGUUUGUUAGAGAAUCACUGGAGUAUAUCACCUUUGGAGAGGAGUUUUUUGGAUGUUUCACCCAUGAAACCUCUGAUUGA